CAACCAUACAUUAUUCACCAAACAUGAGGAGGUAAGAUUACUGUGAUAGUUUAAUACAAAGCUAUGAUAUGCACAAGAAAGCAGCAUCUAAAAACAAUUAUGUAGCACACAUAAAGUCGCCUGCAGCUUCAGAAAUGUCCUCCAUUGCCUGCGGACAUCAUCUUUCUUGCCCGGUUAGAAGUAUCCAUCUGUGCGUGCUGUAACCCAUCUGUGAUGAAAUCAUUUACUUUUCCACCUUGACCACUUAUUAAGCCGCGAUGUCUGCUGCAACAUUUCGCUAUUUGUUCCUGGUUCUACUCAGUCCGCUGUUGGGCGGCGCCCAGACGGAGAUGAAGAAGGUUGUCGGGGACAACGCCACCUUACCGUGCCACCAUCAGUUCCCGUCAUCCAACUCUAUCGACAUCGAGUGGCUCCUGCAGACGCCCAACUCUAAACAGAAAGUGAUCAUUACGUUCUUCGGCGGCCACGUGUACACCAACGUGGGGGUGAGCAGCGAUGCCAGCCGCCUGUCCUUCGCCGGGCAGUACCUAGGGGGCGACGCCUCCCUGCUGAUCAGUGACCUGCUGCUGACCGACUCCGGAGAGUACUACUGCAAGGUCAAGACCGGGGGGAAGUACCACUGGAGCCAGGUCAACCUCAUUGUGCUGGUGAAGCCCUCAAAGCCCACGUGCGGGUUGGAUGGCAAUCUCCUGGAAGGCAGCGACGUCAGACUCAGCUGCAAGUCCAUCAACGGUUCUGACCCCAUCAGCUACAAAUGGGAGCGAGUGCUGGACAAGGGCAAGAGUCUGGGCAAGCUGCCAAACCUGGCGCGCAUAGAUCUGAAGAACCCAGAGAUCGUCACCCUGAGGAACCUCACCAUGGACAGCACAGGUGUCUACAGGUGCACGGCCAGCAACGACGUGGGGGAGGAGAGCUGCACCAUCGAGGUCCCCAUGGAGCAUGAGAGAGAUGUAAAGGUGGCCGGUGCCGUGGUGGGAUUUUUCCUGGGCGCGUUCAUCGUCGUGUUGAUCAUCUGGCUUGUCUUCCGAAAGAAAGAGAAAAAGAAGUACGAGGAAGAGGAGACUCCAAAUGAAAUCAGAGAAGAUGCAGAGGCUCCCAAGGCCAAGCUGGUGAAACCAAACUCCCUGUCCUCGUCGCGCUCCGGCAGCUCACGCUCGGGCGCCUCCUCCACCCAAUCAAUGGUGCACAACAGUGCCCAGCGUGGCCACCGCCCCCGUCCGCCUGCAGUGGCGGCGCUCAAGGAAAACGGACAGCCUCCCGGCUACCCUCAGUCGCCUCCAUCCUAUGCCACGGUGGUCCCGUCCAAAACCUCCGAGCCCCCUGCCACUCCCAAAUACAACUCCAGGAAUACGUCCGGGCCGACACCCCCCACCCUCAUGGUUCCCGCCCAGACCAAGGCCUUUCAGACUGUGUAGGACUGAAAACCCGCUCUUUCCUGCAGCCACGCAAGACUCCCUUCCCUUGAAACCUCUGAAACCCUGCACCUGCCCUCCCAAAGACUGAGACUCUUCCAUAAACAAAGAAAUGCAACUAGUUAAAAGGAAGAAAUCAAUACUAUAAGUCCAAAAGUUCUUCUAAUGAAUGCAUACUUUAAAGGGAAAUGCUUUCCCCCGGCUGAAUUCCAUGAGGACAGUGGCACUCUUUGUGUCGUUUCUCAUGUGUGGCAAGCUGGAAGGACCCCUAGUCAAGUAUUUAUCUCAUCAAAAUUUUAGGCAUGUAACAGAAAUGGGGCAAAAGGUGGAUGAAGUUGGCCAUGAGACAUUAUGAUGGCGGCUUCAGUUUUCUUCUCUUGGAUUCUUCCAGCACAUGCGCCGAAACCCCAGUUGAUUCCUGUGUGUGUGUGUGUGUGUGUGUGUGUGUGUGUGUGUGUGUGUGUGUGUGUGUGUGUGUGUGUGUGUGUGUGUGUGUGUGUGUGUGUGUGUGUGUGUGUGUGUGUG